AAGCAGUCUCUCUCACUCUUUCCAAUCAAUCCCAUCAUCCCACUUUCCUCAUAUAUCGACAUCCAAAACUUCCACCAUUCUAGUUUCCUCUCAUCCCAUUUCCUCCUCAAAAAUAGAAAUUCUCUAAUAAAAUACCCCAUAAUCAGAGGGGAUCAUAGCCAUAGCACUUCCUAUUUUUUUUCUUUUUUCUUUUUUUUUUUUUAUUGGGUUUGAUUGUUUCCAUCAACAGUGACAUCUGCCAGAAAAUAGCAGACUCAUAAUCUCUGAUGCAACUCUCAGAUUCAUCACUUUCCUUCUCUUCUCCUUUGUUAGGUCUAUUUACACUGUCCUAUUGUUCCUAACUCUGUAUUAUCACUCAAGAAAGAAGAAAACCCUAGAUGAGUAGUACUUAAGUAAUACCCUCUCUCUCCAUCUCACCUGUCAUUCGUUUGCUUGAGCGUCGGAGUAUCUUUCCAGAGUUUCAGGUCUAGGUCUACCUCUGUGUGUUAAGAUCCCAGCUGUUUUUACCAGGUCCAGCUCGUGUUGCCUGCACAUGAUCCUUGUGCUUCAAGAAGCAUAUCAUCAAAGACAAUUUUCUAGCUAGUUUCUCAAGAUCUUUCCAUGGAUUCAAUUCCAGAAAUGGAUAGCUCUAUCUCAAUCAACUCUACCAACAUCAGCAACAACUCUGUUGUUGCAUCUUCUUCUUCAACCUCAAGCAGGUACGAAAACCAGAAGCGCCGUGACUGGAACACUUUUGGUCAGUACCUGAAGAACCACCGGCCCCCUCUCUCCCUCUCCCGGUGCAGUGGUGCGCACGUCCUGGAAUUCCUCCGCUACCUCGACCAAUUCGGGAAGACUAAAGUCCACACCCCAAUCUGCCCCUUCUACGGCCACCCUAACCCUCCAGCCCCCUGUCCUUGCCCUCUCCGCCAAGCCUGGGGUAGCCUGGACGCCCUCAUCGGCCGCCUCCGCGCUGCCUUUGAAGAAAACGGAGGAAAACCGGAAGCAAACCCUUUUGGUGCACGUGCUGUCAGGCUUUACCUCCGCGAGGUUCGUGAUUUGCAGUCCAAAGCAAGAGGAAUCAGCUACGAAAAGAAGAAACGUAAGCGUCCUCCUCCACAACAACCACAACAACAACAACAACAACAACAACAACAAAUCUCAUCUCUCCCGCCGCCACCAGGAGCAGGUGCAAAUUAAGGUAAUUGGAGUAAUGAUCUAUUUUACCCUAUAUUGGUGUUGGGUUACUUUUCUGUUUGCUUCUAGGGAAAAUAAUGGGUUUAGAGAUUUGGGGAAGAAACUGGAAUCUGCUUUUGAUGCAAACAGUGUUAGUAUAACUAGUAGUGGAAUUAAAGUAGAAGCAGUAAUGGUACUAGUUGGCAGGUGUGGGAACUGAGAUAUCAUGUUUUUUAUGUACUUUGAAAUAUAUUAAUUUGCAGAAA